AUGGAUGUUCAGUUAGUUAGCACGGGUAUAUGGCACUUGGCCUUUUUAGCCUUCGAUCAAUAUUUGGCCUUAAGAUUUCCCUUAUUCUACAAAUUUUUCGCAUCUAACAAAGGACCUUCCUCCAAAGGAUCCUUAACAUAUAUAGGUGUAAUAGCCACAACAUGGUUAAUCAGUAUGACAUUCUCCAUUUUUUAUAUACUAAGAUUUCCAAAUUCCGUGGUGUCAAACACAUUCUCCAACUACACUGAUCUAUGUCAUGAAAGUUACGAAGGUAUAUUUAGUCUUCAUUAUAAUGACAACAUAAGUAGGAAAUCAGGGUUCAAUAGGAAUUACACGCAUAUAUUUAAUCGAUAUUCUUAUUCAACCACUUUCAACGCAUCUCCUUUUUAUUUACAUGGAAAAGGUGGAUACAACUAUUAUCAAAAUAUAACUGAGUACGAUAUGAUAGAAAUUUUGGCUAUACAAGACAUGAAUCAGUGUUUAUUUAAUCCAAAUUUAAUCAUGGGCAUAGUUGGCCCGGUUGUUUCAUUCUUCGUUCCUUUAAUGAUGAUGCUAUAUUUCUUCGUAAAUAUCAUAGUCAUGCUGAGGCACAAAAUUCAAAGCACAUUAAAAUAUAGCCAGACCUUACCAAAUGGAGGAAAGGGAUAUUCAAAACUGGUUAACAAAAAAAAUUUUUUAAAUAAAAUAACAACUCUAAUACACAAAUUGUGUCUUGCAUUUGCAAACAUUCUUGUAAUUGGACUAUCCAAAAAGGAUAUAAUAGUAAAUGGAGAUCAUAGUUUUCCAAAACCAUCAUACACAUUAAAUAAUAAUUUUAUAGAAAAAAUGGUUAUAUCUUCAACUGACAAUGUCAUUUUUGCUGUAACUCAGUUUAAGCCAAACAUUUUGAAAUCCCAAAAUUUACUGGUAGAACGUAAAGCUAUUUACUAUAUACUAACCAUAUUGAUCCUAUUUAUGAUAUGUUGGAUACCAUAUUUUAUAUAUUUCUUUUUACUUUCAUUUUUUCGAUUCGAGAGUCCAUAUUGGUUGUUUGACCUAUUAACUUGGCUAGGAUACAUGAAUUCUGCUAUCAACCCAAUACUCUACUUUUUUAUGCAUAAAGAGUUUAAGGCAAAAGGACUUAAAAAAACACCCAGAAAAUAA